UGGCUCAGUCGUGCGUCGUCUGUGAUUCGGCGCGGACCGACGUCAGUUCCCGCCAAAAUCGUACGGUCGUCGGCGCGUGUGCUAAAAACCAUAGUGCAUUUUUUACUUGUUUAAUUUUUUUCUGUGUGCCAGUGCAAGGAUUUUGAAUUUUCGGAUACUGCAUAAGAUAAACCUUUGGCUGUAAUCUUCUAAGUCAUAACGGUCUCGUAUGCAACCUAGAAGAUAACCACUACCGUAAACGGGUUGGCAACCCUACAACCAAAGAUGCGGGGAGCAUGGUGCCUUCCACUUUUGGCGCUAUUCGUCACAGCCACAGCGGAUACGACUGAAGGUAAUUUAGACAUAAGAAACGAAUCAGUCGAGAGCGUCAGCGCAUCAACGGGCAGUUCUCAAGAGGAUGACGAGGUCAAGGAGGCCUGGAUGAGGGCACCGGGGGGAGGGGUCGCCGUGAGGAGUGGGGAGGACGCCCUGCUCACCUGCGUGGUGCUGGGUGCUAAAGGGAAGCCGGUGCUGUGGCGACGCGCGAGGGACCUGCAGCUGCUGACUGCUGGCUCCGUGAGGGUCACUAGAGAUGACAGGGUGCAGAUCUUGCAUGAUGAUUCGGACGAGCCCCUGCAAGGGCCAGGCAUCGCCAAGGGUGGUGAUGUAUGGGCGCUCGUCAUCAAGGGGGUUAAACCCUCCGACGCUGGGCUCUACGUGUGCGAAUUAAACACCGAGCCACCAGUCAGGAGUUUCCAUAAAUUAGUUGUAAUAUCAAGAGGACUGACUCCCCCUCUUCAGCAGAACGCCACUGACACGUACUCAGCCAACUCACCCACUCCAUCUUCAAUAGCUUUAGCCCACAACUACACAGAUUGUUGUGUGAACGCCAACGUGUCCAAGGCAUGUUUGGGUUUCUGCAGCAUCCAGACCAUUUUGGAAGGCACUGGGCAAGACCCAGAGACUUGCCAGCCCGACUUCCCCGCUAUAGUUAAAUGCAUGGCAGACGGCAGAAAUCACGUGCCCUGCUGCGUCCAGGAGAGAGUCCCUGACAUCUGCCAGGAUGUCUGUAGAGGAGAGUUCACACCGGUCACGGAUAACAUCAAAACUCAUUACUCUUGCGCAUCUUAUAUGGAGAAGACGUUGGCUUGCAUCGUUGAAGGGAUUGAACUACUGCCCAGUCCGCCAGAAGACGUGGAAGUUGAACCUUUAAACGAAAAACAAUUGAAUGUGACAUGGAGCCCGCCGGUCGAGAACACUGAUACAGUCACAGAAUAUAUCGUCAACGUAACUACACUGCAAUCAUUUGACGCCCAUUUGAUCGACCCAUCAGAAAGCGCCGUGAAAACUGACGUCUCGAAGCAGAUUCAGACGACGACUUAUAAGGUGCCGGCAAACAAGACAUUCUUGGUGUUGGAUGACCUGCUACCAUUCACGAUGUAUGAAGUGACUGUGACGUCAUACAACAUACAUGGUUCUAGUCUUCCAAGUUAUGGUAUCAGAUCCCUGACCCUGACCCCUGGCAAGAUGAAGUCCACAAAAGUAGCCAAUGCCCCCAAACUCCCGGACAUCAAGGGUUGCUGUGUCUCCGCUGGAGUCAACCACAACGGCUGCGUUGAGAAGCUCUGCGACCCCACCAAGACUUACGAGAUUCAGCUGCAGGUCACAGAUCUGAUGAUUUGCGCACCCUGGGCCGGAGUCACCUUCGGCUGCCUCGCCAACGGGAUGGACCACACGCCGUGUUGCCGCUCCAGGGGCCUCAUCGACCCGUGCCUGCCUCUAUGCAGCGGGAAUAUCACCACUUUGGACUUCAAUCAUUUCAAGUGUCUCCGCUACAUGUCAGCUUACACGAACUGCUUGCUCGAAGGCUACGGAGUCCUCCCCGGGGCUCCGUCCUGGCUUCACUUGACCAAUAUCGAUACAGACUUCGCUGUGGUCCAUUGGUCACCGCCGUCUGCUUUGGGUGACACCGUCCAAUACUACAAUCUGCAUUUCAAAUCGCUGAGCAGUGAUAAUAAUGAUGAAGAUUACAGAGCUAUUCAAAAGAUCCAUUCUCCAUACAUCCUCGAAGACUUGGAGUCCAACUCCGAGUACGAGAUUUAUGUGGAAGCCGUCAACGAGCAUGGUGUGGGCGCUCCAUCGCCAAGAGUUAUCUUCAGGACCCAGAGUCAGAUAAUCGUUGAAGAAGAAGAGGAAGCCAACGUGUACAAUGUGACGGAAUGCUGCGAACGAGUGCAGUUGGCCGGAGUUUGCAUGCCACUCUGCUCGUACGACGCGAAGAUGUCUGACCUCAGGACCUUAGCUCCUAUAUGCACGCAAGAGUUCUCCAAAUUGCUGAAGUGCGGCGCUGGAGGUCGUAACCAUGCAGCAUGUUGCGCGCGUCGCGGUGUGCCGGUCGCAUGCCGCGGGAUCUGCGCGGGCGCAUACUCCGGAGGCGUCAACACCUGCGUGCCUUACAUUGGCAACAUCGUGCAGUGCUUUGAAGAAGGUACUGGCCUCCUCCCCGGACCGCCCCGUGAGCUACACGCCACAGUCUCCAGCAAAGGAGUCCUUAACCUGGACUGGAUACCAGCUCCUGACGUCACCAAUGAUACCUCGUACGUGGUGCACUGGCAGAGAAUCAGCAACACCACGCAGACUUAUAGCUACAACACUCUGCCAUCGUUUUCACAGGGAAUGCAAAUAGAAACUAAAAACACUUCGAUAGACCUUCACACACUGACACCGAAUGGGACCUACCAAUUAUUCGUGGUUGCGAUGAACAGCCACGGAUUCUCUCUACCUUCCAGCAUGAUACUCUUCAACUACACAGAAGGUGAAGAAAAGGAAGUGAACGGCGUGCCAUCUCCACCCCACUCUUUGUCGGUGUCCUCGCAAUCUGCCACCUGGCUGACGCUGAGCUGGCAACCUCCACAGUUCUCCAUGCCCGAUGAGAAGAUUACUUACACGCUAUACUACAAAUCGCCCACUCAAAUCGGCCCUAGCAACGUGACUACGGUCAACACAACAGUGAAUGGUCACACACUAGAGAAACUAACGCCAAACACACAGUAUGUGCUGUGGGUUAAGGCACACACGUCGUCUGGAGACUCAUUGCCAUCGGAGACUUUGGUAGCUUGGACUGACCCGGCCUAUCCAGCCUAUGUUGAGCCUCCAGCUGUGAACCCCGUGAACCUGGUGCGUGAAGGCUUCAGCAUGACCAUCCUCUGUAUAGCUAUGGGAACACCCACACCUACAAUAUCUCUAUACAUAUCAGGUCGUCUAGUCCGACAAGAGGUGACCCGUCACAUGGUGACAGUUAUCCACAACGUCACUCGGGACAUGGACCAGAUCUCGUGCUAUGCUGACAACGGCUACGGCACCCCCAUGCAGGCUUCCAGAAAGAUCAAUAUAUCACACGUGCCAUCGAUUCAAGCAUCUGGAAUCACAAUGGCCGCCGCCGGCGACUCUGUGAUCCUGGAAUGCAGAGUGGAGGCUCUGCCAAAACCCACCAUCGCUUUCUGGAGAGACCCCAAUGGCAGGACACCGGUCAUCGACAGCCCCAACUAUACGAUACAACUUGUGGCCGAUCCUGAGGACCAAACCAAAUACACGAUGCGGCUCAUAAUAAAGAAGAUAUCUGAAGCGGACGAAGGGGAUUACUUCUGUCACGCUGAGAACGCCUUCGGGAAGACGUUGAGGCCCGUGUCUGUCAGAUUGAGGCCUACUUCUCCCCACCACAACGUGACUGAAUGCUGUUCUAAGAUGAACGUGACCUCGGCAUGUAUAGAUGCGUGCAGUUUCCACAUCGACAUGGACAAUAUCAUGGACAGACCAGAGUGCCUGAAUGACUUCGACAAGCUGAUGAAGUGUGCUGCUGAUGGAUCAGAUCACCGAAGUUGCUGCGCUUCCUGGGGAGUACCUCGCAACUGCCUCGAGUUGUGCCGUGGUGGAACCGUCUCCCGGUCUUGUACCUACACCCACGCAAAACGAGCACUGGCCUGCUUCAGAGACUCUGGAGCAAGGUUGCCCGGUCAACCGAGGAACUUGAAGGCCCAUGUUGCGCCUACGCCGCAUUCUGUACUUUUGAGUUGGGAGCCACCAAUCAAAAACCCACAAACGGUCUACCUUUACCGAGUAUUCUGGCGGGCGUUAGGUGCCAAAGUGCCAGAGAAACUGGACACUAGCGAGACCAGCGUGGUGCUAACAGGCCUACAAAACGACGUCCGAUAUGAGUGUGUCGUUAAAGCGGCCAACGAUCUUGGCACAUCGUCACUCAGUGAUCCUAUAACAUUCACAACGGCUGGUCAAGAAACCGGUGCAGCGGCUGCUCCUGUGACAUCGUCUGGAACUGCCUCUGCCGUGGGUCUCGCCGUGGCUUGUAUUCUAGUCGCGGCUAUACUUUUGGCAGCCGGAUUUUAUUAUAGACAUAGAAAGAAUCUCCGCUUAAAAGCACAAGGUGGUGUGGCAUUUGAAAAUCCUAGUUACCUAAGGGAACCCAACCCCGAUACCGUUGUUGGCAAUGGAUCCGUACCAAACGGCAACGCGAAUGGUGGUAACGGAGUAGCGAAUGGAGUGUCAAACAGUUCAGCGUGGAGACAGGAGACUCUCCAGAAUCCCGGCACAGCCAUACCAGCAGCACGGGAGGUUGACCCUACGCUGUAUGAGGAGUUGAAGCUCGGUCAGGAUGGCGCCGGCUUCAAGAGACUGAAGCCAUAGCCCGAGGUGGCGCGCCGCUCCCCGCUGCGUACCCCGCGGCUGUCGUCGCCGCGCGUGGCGCCGCGGUUCUGAGCGGUCGCGGCCACGCACGGUCCUUAUAUAGCGCAUUCAGCGCUCACACACAGUAUUUUCCUCUCGCUCGCACCCGCGAAUAAUUCCAUUCAAAUAUAAGUGUAGUUUAAUUUCCUAAACGUUCUCAAUAGUUAAGUAUAUAACUCGGUUUUUUUCGUCGUAUCCAUGAUUUGAAAUAAGCGAGCGAGAUUUCUAGAGAAUGUAUAUAUUUCUACGAUAAAUUAUGUACAGUAGUAAUUAAAUGCAACUAAAUGGAUACGCGGCCAUAGCAGAGUGUAGAAAAUAUGUAUAAAAAAAAUAUGUUUAACAGUAACAUACUUGAUGUGAUUUUAACCAAAAAUAAUGACUUCAGUACUUGUCAUUUCAUGUAAAUAUAGUUGGGAGAUCUUGGUUCAUUUGGUUUCGGUCAGGAUAGGAUUCGCCGACUUAGGUAUUCUUCUAUUGACUUUUUAUGAUCGACCGUUUGGAAGUGCGUGCGCGCAUAUUUUAGUCCUUUUUCGUAACGCUUAUGACAGUUUCAUAAAAUUUGCGAUUUUAUUUAAAAAAUUGUAUGACAGAUGCGUGCAAUAUGAACAAAAUACUACGUAAAAAAAUGAAGGUAGUUUGAAUUUAAAAAAUAUAUAUUAAAGAUAAUUGCUUAAAAAAAGGCAUAAUAUUAAUUGAGAAAUGAAUUCUUCUUGCUUAAGUAUCUAGCUAUCUUCUCCUAUGUGACCGAAAACAACUAAUGAAUGACUUGACCCCCAACGCAAUAAAAAGGGUGUUGUAGAUUAAGUUAUUCCCUGUAGCUCCUGAUUUUAAUUGAUAAAUUAGGUCAUCCUUUAAAAAAAUGUGCCUUCAAUAUAUGAAGUAGUAUAGUAACAGUUACCUUUUGGUCUGUAAAAAUGUACCUAGUGUAAAUAAAACGCACAUUCCAUUUACAGUUUAGAAUCUUAUUAAGUAUACCAAAUGUCGAGGAGACCGCGUCUAGAAUGUUCUUAAUUCGGUACUUCCAAAUAGUUUUCUUAUAUUUUGGAAUAUUAGAUAUUCAUUUAAAACUUUAUGAUAUACUAGCUAUCGUACACGGCUCCGCCCGCGUUAGAAUUACCCUAUGUCCUUAUCCGAACUCCACACUGUUAUGUAGUAUACUAAAUUUUGUGGUUUUGUCGGGAAAGACUUACAAACAAACACACUUUCACCUUUAUAAUAUGAUAUAGAAAUCUGUAAAGUCAUAGAGAUUUCAAAAAGCGAUAUGCCCCCGGCCGCCGUAGUAUAGCACGCGCGACGCCGUUUCUAUCGCGCGAAUAACUAUCGCUGUCCCGUUUCAAAACAUUAUAAAAGUCGAAACGGCGAUAGCUUUUCGCGCGUGCAAUGCUGCGGAGAAUUGGAUGCGGUUCCUCAUAGUAUAUCAUUUCAGCGAAACGGGUUACAAUUGUAUUAAUAAACUGACUAAAGUUUGUUGUUAGGCAUAUCAAUUUCCGUAUCAAAUGAUGUACGAAUAAGUAUAUUAUGUAGUAUGUCGAAAAAAAAAUGAUUGAAUCUCAUAUUGUCUAUUAUAUAUAAGGGAAAAUUGGCUGACACAUCUAUCAAUGCACAUCUGAAACAUAGAGAUAUUAAGUAUGCAUUGAAAUUUGGCAUUGGUAGUUGUAAAAGUGUAGACUAAUUUGCUGCGGAUGGAAUUUUGAAAAAGUCUAGACCAAAACUCGGGGUAGAAACUUGAAGUGUAAUUAAAUGAGAUCAUACAUACAUGUAGUCACGUCUUUAUCCCUUACGGGGUAGACAGAGCCAGCAGUCUCGAAAAAUUAAAGUAAUAAAUAAAGCAUUGAUGGAUGAUUCAGUGACGUUUCCUUUAGAAGCAAUAAUUGUUGGUUUUGAUGAAUAAAAUUGGUUUUGCUCAGAAAAUGAAGAUGUGAUGAGUAAAGGUCUCUAUAUUGUACUAAUAUAAUUUAGUUAAGAGCGGAUGUGAUUAGAUUUGUAAAUAAUAUUGAUAAAAAAAAUUAAAUAAAAAGAUAA